AUGAUUGCUAUUGUAAAAAGACUCGCCAUAAACACCUUGCCAUUUCAAGGAGAUGAUGAGAGGCUAAAUGUUGAAAACAAUGGUAUGUUUUUACAAAUGGUGGAAAUAGUUAGCGAAUUUGAUCCAAUAAUGACAGAGCACCUUCGGCGGGCUAAUGCAAAAGAGAUUCAAUACACGUAUCUUGGCAAAAAAAUUCAAAAUCAGUUGAUAGAGUUGUUGGCUAAUGAGGUGAGAAGUGCAAUUGUCAAGAAAGUUAAACAUGCAAAAUAUUUUGCAGUUAUACUUGAUUGUAUUCCAGAUGCAAGUUAUGAGGAGCAAAUGUCGUUAAUAGUAUUAUUUGUCGAUGAUUUGGCAAACUUACCUACAGUUGAAGAACAUUGGCUUGAAUUUUUGGAGGUAGAUGACACAACAGGACUUGGACUUACAACCGAGCUUCAAAAGGUUUUGAUCAAACUCGAUUUGGAUAUUGAUGACCUUAGAGGGCAAGGGUUGUUGCAUGCAGUUAAUAUUGUGAGUAAAUUUCUUCAAACCGAAUCCAUGGAUAUUGAUCAUGCUAUCGACCUAUUUUACAGUUGCAUCUGCGGAAAGAAGUUUCUCGAAAUUGAAGUUGAUCAACACUUAUCGCCGAUCAACUAUGUCACAAGAAAGAUUAAAAGGGUUAGCUAUGUUGUUAAUAGAAAAAAGAAAUUGUUGAGCAGCUAA